CGAUGCAUCCUCAGUUUCACUUUGGCAGUACAACUAACGGGUGUUGCAAACAACUGAAGGCAAGGCAGACAUGUCGAUAAUGAUCAGGAAACGAAUGUGCAUCGUAGUACUGCUAGGCAAUGUACUGAACUUUGCUUGGGCUAACACACAUCCAGGAGAGUCACUAUUGUUCCCAGAUGAGCGAACCACAUUGGACGAUUGCCAUCUGCGAUUCUAUGAAUUUCAUGAACAGCAAGUCAGCAGAGGUAACGUAUCACAACACGGUGGUAUCGAGUAUCCGUUCGUUCAGAUAGCGGCCGUUGGGUGGAUUCAACCGGAUGGGAAAACUCUUUUUAAAUGCGGCGGAUCAUUGAUUUGGGAUAACUUUGUGGUGACGGCAGCGCACUGUGCGGUUGAUUCAAACAAUCGAAAACCUGAUGUGGUUAGAUUUUCCGACUUGAACAUUUAUAAUCCGACUGACGAUGAGUUUAGUCAGGAGAUCAAGAUUGUGGAGAUCAUCCGUCAUCCUGAACAUCGCUUUUCGGCGCAUUAUCACGACAUAGCGCUGAUGCGAUUGGAGAAAAAGGCAAUAAUAAAUGACAAGUUGGUACCCGCAUGCUUGUGGACUGACAAGGAAGUUCGAUUCAAGCAAAUGGAGACGGCAGGCUGGGGAAAGCUCGGAUACGGGAAGGAUCUUUCACCAACCUUGCAAUCAGCAAAGCUCGCGCCAAUGUCAAAUGAGCUUUGUUCCGAAUUCUACAAUAACGAAACGCUCCGUAAGCUGAACCGUGGCUUGGCAGAUCACCAUCUUUGUGCACAUCACCAGAAAUCCGAUACAUGUGAGGGUGAUUCUGGCGGACCACUGCAGGUGAAACUGAUGCAUAACAUUAGACAGACACCAUUUAUUAUUGCAUUGACAUCGUUCGGACUGGUUUGUGGCAAGUCCGCUCCAGGAGUCUACACCAAGGUGGCACCUUACCAUGACUGGAUAAUCGAUACAAUGCGGAAACGUGGUGCUGAUGUGGAUGAAAACACCUACAAUAUGACUCAGUGUGCUCACCGAUAUGCCAAAUAUCGCGAUUUCUCUGACGGAUUGGACAAGUAUUCUACGGAUGCCGAUCGAAGAUCGUCUUGGUAUGUGUUUACUGAGCUUCGUCAUAGACCUUGGUACAUGGUCAAAUUGGGAUGGCACAACGUAGAGGGAUAUGACAACUGCUACGGCAUGAUCCUCGAUGAAGAUACAGUGCUGACGGUGGCUGACUGCACAGAUUUCAAUGGAACACCCGUCGGUAAAAUUGUAGAACCAUCAGUAAUAAAUAUCAUAAAAAUUCACAUCCAUCCCCGAUACCGCAAAGGAUCGAGCUACAACAAUAUUGCAGUGCUUAAGCUUGACACAUUGUUGAUAUUUAGACCAGGAGUUCAAUACUCUUGUAUCUGGAUGGCCUUCAAUUGGACUGAAACGACGGCGAAAGUGACUGGCAUCGGUAGAACAGACCUCAUCAAACCCCUUCUAUUGGAUGCGGACAUAAACACCAAUCAAACGCCAUUAAUGGUCCAUUCCGAUAAUUCCAUAAUCAAUGCAUCCAGUUGUAUCAUUUCCGACCGCUAUCUGACUCGGAUGCAACACGGAAUGGCUAGCGAGCACGUGUGCUUAGGCAACGAUUACUUCCUGGUACCGGGAACCUGUGACCUGCUUAUUGGUGCUCCUCUGGGAUAUGCAGAGUUGAGAGAGGGAAAAUAUUACCAACAUUCUCUCGCCCUGAUUCAAUUCGGUAGAGAUUGUGGUUUUGGGGAACACAUGAUCGCAACCCGCUUGGCGAGUCACGUCGAUUGGCUAAGUUCGGUUCUGUUGCCGGACUAUUUCACUUACGGUGGCAAUAUUGUUUUCCUGAAUGACAACUUAGUCGAGGGAGAUAGUUGUGUGGUAGACCAAAGGAAACCAGGACGAUGUGUUAGCGUUGCAGAAUGCUCUGACGACUGGAGAAGGUUGGUGGCUGCUGGGAAUGUAUCAUUCUGCUCGUCAGCUUCCGUCAUAUGCUGCCCACUUGAAGUUCUCGAGAAAAACCAGCGAAAUUUUAUAGAUACUGAGCUGGUAAGAUGUCCAACUUUGCUACGUGAGCUGGAGUUGGAAUUUCCCGUUGGAUAUCUGGUCGAAAUCGGUUUGGAUAUUGAUGAUAAGUUCGAGUUCCGAUGUCUAGGUUCGAUCAUUACGAAACAGAUGGUCAUUACGACUGCUAGCUGCUUGGACGAUGCUAUACAUCCCAUAGUGAAGCCACUUUCGAGUGGAUUAGGCAUUGCUGGUAACAUCACCAUUAUCCACGAAGCCUAUAAUAAGACCGACAAAUCUAACGAUAUAGCUCUUAUCGUACUAAAUGAGAAGUUCGUAUGGUCUUCUAAAGUGUAUCCAGCGUGCCUUUGGAUGAAUCGAACACACACUCCUCUGGUUAUGAAGUUGUUCAAACUGACUGAAGAGUCUGUUCUGUUCCAAUACCUUCUGCCCUUGUACAACACGGACUGCCAGCGGACGCACCCUUUCCAGCUUCAUAAAUCGCAAUUGUGCGGAAAGCGCCCAACCGGAACAGCUACGUGUGUCGAUGCAGGACAGGUGUUGGUGUCGGACCCGGACG